GAUUUUUGAAAACCUCCUUUGUAAGACAGGUAUGCUUUUGUUUGAGAGUUUUGGCUGAACCUGUCUUGUUCUGUUUUCCAGAGAAACUAUUUGAACCAGAAUCCUCAACAUGCCUCGUAGAGAAAUACCCUUGACACUUUUGCUCCUUAUGUUUACAAGCACCUCAGAAGAUUGUACUUUACGUACUCGCAUUACUGCAGUUGAAGGGGAACCUUUCUAUCUGAAAUAUUGCCCUUCUUCAUCUGAGCAUAAGAAUGAAACCACCACCAUAAAAUGGUACAAAUGCAGUGGAUCACAUGGCCCCGUGGAGCUAAACUCAAGCAGAUCACCCAGAAUUGCUCUGCGUGAUUAUGUUUUGGAGUUUUGGCCAGUUGAGUUGGACGACAGUGGAUCUUACUCUUUCCAAAUGGGAAAUGAUUCUCAUGAAUGGAAAUUAAAUGUCAUCGGAAGAAGUAGAAACAGCUGUUUUACUGAAAAACAAGUGACGAGUAAAAUUGUGGAAGUUAAAAAAUCUUUGCAGAUAAACUGUGAACAUAGUUACUAUAAACCGCCAGCCGGCAGAACGUUGUUGUAUAAGAACUGUGAGAAGAUAGAGAGCAAUAAAAACUCAUCUUUACGGAAGAAUGCAGAGUUUCAAGAUCAGGGAUAUUACACCUGCAUGUUUUUCCUUCAUCAUAAUGGCAAAGUAUUUAACGUCACCAAGACCUUCAAUAUAACAAUAGUUGGAGAUCGCAGUAAUGUAAUUCCAGUUCUUCUUGGACCAAAGCUUAACUAUGUUAAAGUGGAAUUAGGAAAAGAUGUACAGCUCAACUGUUCUGCUUUGCUGAAUGAAAAGGGUGUGGUUUAUUGGAACUUCUGGAAAGAAAAUGAAACUGAUCCUAAUGAACAUGAAGAGCAAGAAACAAGAAUUAGGACUUCAGAAGGCAAAAGUUAUGCUUCAAGAAUUUUGAGAAUUGAGAAUAUUAAUGAAAAAAAUCUAAAUUUUUCAUAUAAUUGCACUGUGGCCAGCGAGGGAGGCACAGACACCAAAACCUUCAUCUUGGUGAAAAAAGAAGAUAUGGUUGAUAUCCCAGGCCACGUCUUCACUAGAGGAAUGGUCAUAGCUGUUUUGAUCUCGGUGGUAGCUGUGUGCGUAGUGACCAUGGGUGUCAUUUACAGAGUUGACUUGGCUCUAUUUUAUAGACAUUUCAUGGGAAGAGAUGAAACAUUAACAGAUGGAAAAACAUAUGAUGCUUUUGUGUCUUACCUAAAAGAAUGUCGACCUGAGAAUGGAGAGGAGCACACCUUUGCUGUGGAGAUUUUGCCCAGGGUGUUGGAGAAACAUUAUGGAUAUAAGUUAUGCAUAUUUGAAAGGGACGUAGUACCUGGAGGAGCUGUUGUUGAUGAAAUCCAUUCAUUGAUACAGAAAAGCCGGAGACUAAUCAUUGUCCUAAGUAAAAGUUAUAUGUCUAAUGAAGUCAGGUACGAACUCGAAAGUGGACUCCACGAAGCACUAGUGGAAAGGAAAAUUAAAGUAAUCUUAAUUGAAUUUACACCUGUCACUGACUUCACAUUCUUGCCCCAAUCACUAAGGCUUUUGAAAUCCCACAGAGUUCUGAAAUGGAAGGCUGAGAAAUCUCUGUCUUAUAACUCAAGGUUCUGGAAAAAUCUACUUUAUCUGAUGCCUGCAAAAGCAGUCAAGCCAUGCAGAGACGAGUCAGAAGUCUUGCCUGUUCUUUCACAGUCCUGAUCUUCAGAAGAGCGGAGUGUAAGAAAGAACUCUUGACACUCUGGGGAUUGAGUCUAUGAGCCUGUUUACAACAAAUGGCCUUAUUCAAAAUAUUUAACUCUACUCUGUGAAAAUCCUACUCACAGUUUGAAGAUGACGCUUGUCGUGAGGUUGCCAGGGAUACGACUAAACACUGAGCUGUGGUCAUGUGCUGCCAGAAGACCCUGGAAUUCAAAAGAAAUGGAUCUUCUGUUUCUCCCUCUUCCAUAAGUGGGUGCAGGUGCCCAUACUCAAUACGCUUACUCAAAACCCUGAGGCUGGGCACAGUGCAAAAUAACUCUCGCAUUACAACAAGGGUGCAUUUUUAAGAGAUUUUAAUGCUAAUUAUUGAACUAAAGGGCUUUAAGUUCAUGAAGUGGCAUUUUCUAUGAGCCAGUAGGUGACACAGUAACUGGAAUGGUGCCUUCACUCUCCCGUAAUAGCUACCUACCUCGACACACCCCAGACCGUGCCUGGGACGUGGGAGAGGGCUGGCAGGGAUGCGCGCAGAGCAGGGGAGUGAGGUGUGAGGCUGCUGUCACAGGACCUUGGCCUCAGGAUGUGUUUACUGUAUCUGGGUCACAGCUGCAGGCCCACGGUUCUUGGAACCCCACCAAGGUGCUGCACGGAGCUUGCUUAAUUGGGCCUGUUUGCGGGAACUUCUUAAAAGGAACCCAAAACAACUUUUUGUCUUUUACGAGAAACACAAAUUUUAAUUCAAAUAAUUUUCUUGGUCUUUCAAAAAUGGUC